AUGAGGUUACGAAGCAACAAGUCAGGUGGUCAAUUACCUGCUAUAAACCUAGAGCAAAGGAUCAAUAACCUUGAACAAACUAUCGUCGAGCGUGAACAAGAAAUUACCAGGCAUAAAGAACCGGAAGGUGUCCUUGAAAAUAUCGUGAAUUUGAUGCAAAAUCCAGGCAAAAGGCCAAUGUUU